GAUAUUAUUAAAAUAGCACCCGCUAGAUGGCACUCGUGGUUGUAAUUUCUGACGCCUGCGCACUGUGAGCCUCCUUGAAAACCAGAAACCUUGCGUGAGUUGGUAGCUUUGAUUGCAACAGACAACAUGUAUUGCGCACGAUUGAUGACACCUGCUUCUAGGACUCUGGGAUCCAUCUCCCGGUUAUCAGCAACACGUCCCCUGAGUCAAGCACUUGCGUCGAGCAACACUGAAAAUGGACAAAGUCUAACCACUUACAAUGGGCUAUCGGGUUUCAAUAUUCCACUUAGCAACUCAAUGGCCUUGUCGCCUCUUCUGAGCCAGGCACGCGGAUUCCAGACCAGCGCUGUGCAGCGCGACAUUGACUCUGCAGCCAAGUUCAUCGGUGCAGGAGCAGCCACAGUCGGAGUCGCUGGGUCAGGAGCCGGUAUCGGUACGGUGUUUGGAAGCCUCAUCAUCGGCUAUGCGAGAAAUCCGAGUCUGAAGCAGCAGCUGUUCAGCUACGCCAUCCUCGGCUUUGCGCUCUCUGAAGCCAUGGGGCUCUUCUGUCUCAUGAUGGCCUUCCUACUGCUCUUCGCUUUCUAAGCGAGUGAGCGUCCGUCGUUAAUGAAUUGUUUGGAUAGAUCGGCCGGUGGUCCUGUAGGGGGCGUGGGGGGUUGCGGCGCGCCACUGCCUAAACUCGGUGUAAUGUUGAGCCAACGUUUUUUUUUGGUUAAUCUUGUUACCUGUAAUGAAUUUGUCGGUGGACAGUGAAUGUGGGGGAGGCUACCGACUCGGGGAGAAAAAGUAACCGGAAUAUUAGAACAAUGGCUGCCAUUUUUUGUAAUGUAAAAUUAAUAGACCAUUGGUGCACCAACUCUGUAUUGCAAAUUUUGCGAGCGUACGUACAAGGAAACAGACCAACGGUCGGGUUAGUGACUACCGUAACGUUUUUCUGUAGAAAGAAAAAUGCUUAAUAAUACAACGUGUUACGUUACGAA